AUGAGUAAAAUUCGGGGCCUUCCUCCCGAGGUCAGGGAACCAGAACCAGGAGUGGAACUUGGGGUGGAAGAUGGCCUUCUUUGUCAGUUGAUUCAUUCUCCAGAAUUCAAUUUGUUCUCCGACUCUGCGGUGUUUGAAAGCAACUUUACACAGGUCACGAAGCCUGGAAACUGGCUGGAUGUCUAUGACAGGUCUACCACAGUCAUCCUGGGAGUGACCUCGUCAGUGGCCGCCUUGCCACUUCCCAAUAUCCUCCUCAUGGCGAAUGUCACCUGGCCCCACGGUCAGUUGUCCACCUGGAACAAGCCUGUCGGCACUCCCGCCAUCACUCUCAGCAGGAUCCUUCCCCUGAGGUAUGUGGAGCUACAGAUCUAUGACCGGCUCCAGCGAAUCCUGCGAUUGAGAACAGUGACGGAAAAGAUCUACUACCUGAGACUCCAUGAAAAACACCCUGAGGCCGUGUUUCAGUUCUGGAUCCGCUUAGUCAAAAUUCUGAAGAAAGGCCUGUCCAUCACCACCAAAGACCCAAGAAUCCAGCUUACUCACUGCCUGGUCCCCAAGAUAGCCCAAAACUGUGACCCAACACCAGAAAGCAGCCCCGUGUCAUCCUCCCAGCCCAGUGAGAGCUCCAUGCUGCUGGCCGCUGAGCAGAGCUAUGAGAGUUUUUCAGAUCUCUCCAAAAAGUCCAUUCUCACACAAGACAGGAACACCGACAUUACCAUUAACCUGACUGGUUUGCAUAGCCAAUAUUUGCUGCCCAUCCGGGAGGAGUCUCCCACCAAUUUGAAAGUAACUAUGAGAACCACCUUGAGCCACAGCCUCUGGGAACAAGAGAACUCAGACGAGCACUUCAUACAGGCACCUGUCGCCAGCGCCCUUGGACAGAACUUUUUGGGACCCUGA